AUGUCUGACUUAAAAAGUGAACAAAACGCAGAUAACUCUUUUAAUUUUAAUGGUUCGAACGGCCAAGAAUUUCUUAGCAGACCUGAACCUUCUGAUGUAGGUUCAAAUCCAGAAGAAUCUCAACAAUCAAGUGGGGGUCCUAUAAGAAGAAAAAAUAAUGCAAAAUCUCCAAUGGACGAGUUCUUUGAACGAACAAAAGAAUCUCAAACUUGUAAAAUAUGUAAAAAAAUGUAUGCUGGAAUUGGUGAAACUUCAACUGGUACUUUAAAAACUCACUUACGAAGGAAUCAUCAAUCCGAAUUUGAACGAGGUGCUCAACAGACUGAUUUUGAACGAAAAACUCGAACGACUUUAAAUUUUCGGAAAGUAACUCCGUAUACCCGACAAGAUAAUUUUGAACGAAGUAGAUCUUUGAUUAAUUGGAUAGUAUCAACAAUGCAACCUUUUUCUGUGAUAGAGGAAGAGUCGUUUAUCGAAAUGAUAAAAAAACUUGAUCCACAUUAUCAUUUACCAAGAGGACAGUAUAUAAAAUCUCAUGUUGUUAAAAGGUUUCAAAACCGUCGUGAAAGAUUACAUAAUGAUUUAGGAAAUAUUAAAAGUGAAUUUAUCGAUUCGUACCCUGAUGAUAAUGAUUGGUCAAAUAUAAAUGAAUUGCUUACUGUCUUAUCCCCAUUUUAUUCGGCUGCUUUAACACUUUCUUCAUCUGUAUACCCAACAAUGGGUGAUUUUCAACUUACUCUUUGGAUUUUAAGACAACAUUUACAGCAUGAAAUAUCAGUUAAUGCUACUCGAAACACUGUGGCUGAUUCUAUACUUCGUAUUUUGGAUCAAUAUUGGUCAAUUAUCGAUGAUACUUCAAAAAUUGCAUCCGUGUUGGAUCCGCGUACAAAGUGCACAAUUUUUCAACAAGGAUCAGAAACUGAAAAUGUGAUAAAUUCUAUUCGGGCUAUGAUGGCUUCUUACACGCCUACAUCUUUAGAUAUUCCUGAAAGCUCUGACUCUGUUAUACCACCCACAUCAGAUCCAACACUCUUAUCAUCGUAUCAUUCUCCAACAUUUAAUAGAAUUGAUGCUCGAGCACAUCUUAGAUCUCUUACAAAUCAAUUCCUUCCAGUUACACAACCUAUCACAAGCAACGAGUUAGAACAAUAUCUUUCUUUGCCUGGUGCGAGUAGUGAUGAUGAUAGUAAUUUAAAGGUUGAAAUGAAGACAGAUAACAUUGGCGAAAAAUAA